AUGCCUGCUUAUGUUUAUAAUUUAAUAUGUGAAGAAAUACAAGAAGAAUGUCCCCCAACGUCGGAUCAGAUCGACACCACUCAAGUCAUGAAUUCAAGCUGCCGAGAAUACUGGCGUUCGACUGUGGAGAUGUCAAAUUUUGGCACAAUUAAUUCCUCCCUGCCAAACGCACCGAUUCGCAGUGAACGAGGACAGAAAUUUUUGGAUCAAAAUGUAUUUCUAAGUCACAGUGGUAGGCAGAAAAAUUUUGUUAGGCAGUUACACAGAGACCUAACAAACCAGGGCGUGUCCUGCUUCUUUGAUCAAGAUCGCGAAAGUUUGCCAGUGGGCGAAGAUUUCCCCUCUCGUAUAUUUGAAGCCGCUAAGACAUGCCAAGUAGCAGUUUUACUCCUCUCUAUGGAUUUCCUCCAAUCAAGGUGGCCCAUGCUGGAACUGUCUGCCUUUGUGGAAGCGAGAGACAGAACCCGUAAAAAUCCCAAUCUAAAAAUUUUACCCUUGUUCUACCAGAUUUCACCGGAUGCUCUUAAAAACAUUUCGGCAGAGGACGAAAACUGGAAACAGUUGGAGAAAUCCGAGGAAAAACGAGCAGAAUGGCACGAAUCUUUAAAUGCAAUACGGCGAAAUAACGGGUUGAAGAUUAGUGAAGGUGAUGAUGAAGUGAAGUUUAGAGAUGAAAUUGUGAAAGAAAUCUGGCGUAUACUUCCAACACCCUCACCAAGGUAUAAUGUCCGUUGUAUGCAAGGACAAGUACGAAUGUGUCAGGGGGUUGCAGAUUUCUUCAACUUCGUUCAUCCAGACAAAAAGGGAAUCCGCAUUGCAGGAUUGUAUGGAAUACCGGGCCAGGGGAAAACUAUACUUGCCAAGGCUUUUUGCAACUUCAAAUUGGGGGUUUUCGAGGGUAAAGUCUGCCAUCUAGAAUUUUCUAGAGGCGAUUCAUUCGAAAGACUUAAAAUUGCCCUGCAAUAUCUCACUUGCUGUCCCCAGUCGUAUCUCCAAGCACUGACCGACCAAGAUCAGGCACAAAAUGAGUUAUAUAGAAGAGUGGAGAGGAAAAGGGUAUUGUUGGUUCUUGACAAUAUCACAGAAGAAUGUAUAGAUGAAGUGGCGUAUUAUCUCAAGGCAGACUUGGGAGAAAACAGCUGGAUCCUUUUGAGCGCUCGGAGUGUGGAUGUUCUAGAAAGGCACUUCAAGAUAGAUAAGCAGUCAUGCAUACGAGUACCAAGGCUCAUAGAGGAAGAGGCCAUAGCAAUCUUGUUGGAAAACGCAUCUGUAGAAGUGUCAAUGUUGGGGGCAGACGAGAAAGCUUUUGCUGUAAAGUGUGCAGGUAGAUGUUCUUUCAAAGAGGUCGCUUGGACAGAAGGAACAUUUCAUCCGCUAGCCUUAAAAGCUUUUGGAGGUCACCUCUUCAAUAAUCAUGGUCUGCAGUUGUCUAAGUGGGUUGCUGAGAUAGAAGGCUGGGUAGAUCGAUGCGGUUAUGGUUUGGAUAAGUUGUUGGCUUUGCUGGGCAAAGCUUUUGACAACAUGUGUCCCGAAUAUCGCACCAUAUUCAUGCUUCUCACCCUUUAUCUGCCGCCUGAUAUGUCUCCCCAUAAAGUUACUGAAUGGCUGGCAAUGAUUGUCAACAAAGAGAUCUCGUUUAUUGAGAAAGCAGUUGAGGAUCUAUGUAAGAAGGCUUUUAUUGAAGAAUCAAGACCUAAAAUUCGCAUCCACGACCUAUAUGUUGAAUUCGCACAAAGCAAAGCAGAUGAAAUGGGGAGAUGGCUGUGGUGGAUGGGUGACCCACGUAGUACACGUGGGUUAAUAUCAAAAGACAAUGCAGGGUUUGAAUUGGCUAAGUUUGAGCAGUGCAUGCAUCAAAGACUGUCCCAGAUAGCACUCAACAACCUUCAAAAUCUGUUGGUGCUUCAGCUUAUAGGCGUGCAGAAAAUGACGAAACUUGACUUGGAUGGGAUGGGCUGUCUCAGAAGUAUUACAUUACAUAAAUGCAAUGACCUGAAAGCGCUUGAAUGUAUGGAAAAACUGCAACAGCUGGCGUGGCUUCAGAUAAGUGAAGUAAAUCCAAUGUUUAAACUUCCAGAGCUAAGCAGCCUCAAAGGAUUACAACAUCUUCAGAUCAAUUUAGCAGGCAGCCAGGUGCUCAAUCAGCUGGGAGAUCUUACCAGUUGUGCUUUUCUGAGAGAGAUAAAUGUUUAUUGCCGAUCCCUGUGGGAGUUUCCAAGGUUGAACAGUUUGCGGUAUUUGGAGAAAGUGGAAUUUAUUGUGCGUGAUAAUGUGAACGGGCCCGUCGACUGUACAGAAUGCGUGGAGUUGCAGAGUACUCUCCUGAAGAGACGUUCCCGGCGGAAUAAGACAACGGCCUACCUGAUUGGACGUAAGAAACUAUCCAAAACUGUAUUAUGGGAUCCCGAUGCAGUGAAGGCAUGUCCAGAUUUAGAUGCAGUGAAGGCAUGUCCAGAUAUAGAUGCCCAGGUAGAGUCGUUUGUUGCAUCAAAAGAUGUUUCAGCCCUCAAAAGUUUAGAAUCGUGUGAAGGGCUGAAAAAUCUUCAACUAUGGAAUUUGAGAAAUCUAGAGGAGCUUCCGAGUUUCAGACUUCUAUCAAAUUUGACUGUGCUCAAAAUUGGCAAGUGUGGUAUAAGCGAGGCCCCGGAUCUAACAUGUUGUCUCUUGCUGGAGGAUGUUUGGUUUUCCACACUAGAAAAUUUACAAAGCUUUCCCGAGUUCUCACCACUGAGGAAAUUAAAGAAGUUAGGAUUAUAUAAUUGCUGCAGGGUUGAAGAUCCUCCUGACGUUAGUGGCUGCCAUGAAUUACAGGUAUUCCAUCUAGUCUACAACGACAAUCUCAAAGGACUUCCCGACAUGGGAGAGUGCCCACGAUUAGAGGAAAUCAAACUGAGUUGGUAUUCUUCUGAAGAAAAUAAUGUCAAAAAUUCUGAGGACAGUUCUGAAUUAAAAGACGAAACCUUCUCAAACUUAAGUGAUGUAAGCGCGCCAGAGGCAUUGAAAGAGUGGAAGUGGCUGGAGGGCAAGACAGUGCUCGGAAUAAAGUAUGUCCGUGGAGGGAAGAUGUAUUAUUGUAUCACAGCUCCGUGCGAAUCUGUCGACAGAAUGCAGUUUGUGAGAAAAGUAACGAUAGAUGAAAGCUCUCUGUAUCUACCCGACCCGUCUUUCUAUGUAUCUGAAUUAAUUACGACAUCCUUUAUUUCAUAUCAGAUAACUACAACAGUACUGACGCUAGUUGAUGGACGUAAAGCCUUCACAACUCGGUGCGGAGACUCUUGUUUUGCAUUCUACAGAGGCGUCCAUUUUGCAUCCGGUCUUCUGCUUCUUAUAAUGCUUGUGUUUAUUUCUCACUCUCUAUUGUCAGUAAUUAGACGAAGGUUCUCAAAAGAUCGGCAUCUUGACUUCCCUGCAUUGUAUGUGGUAGCUGAACGGGAUCUUCGUGCUGUUACAGCACUUGCGUUCAUAGUUGGAAUUUUACAGCUUAUACUUGAGUGUAAUUGGCCGAAGUGUGGAGUCACAGCUUAG